AUGCGUCCAGAAGAAUAUUUGGAAGGUCUUGCAUUCGUUGACAAUGCACUUGCGACCGGAAAAACAAUACGUUAUUUGAGUAUAGAUGAUCUACCGGAAGAGCCAAUAAAAAGACUGGAGAUUCUGUUCACACUACAGCCAACUUGGAAAGCCAGUGAAAUGCAGCAGUUUCUCAGUGAUCUCUGUCCAACGGCUCGACUGCUAAAUGAAUUGUACAUGGAAUAUUGUAGGCAAGCAACAGUUGAUGGUGAGAAGGUGCUAGCGGGCCUAAAAGAAGCACUGCUUUGA